AUGCAAUUACUGACGCUAAACUCCCAGAGCCAAUCCAUCUACAUAAUUAAUGUGAUUACCGGUAAACCACUGACGGGUACCCAAAAACCGGGACAAAGCGUCCAACUGUUGGGGCAGAGUAUCGGCGAUAUACUUGUCUUUAAGUGUUUCAAAGUCUGGACUAAAACACAAGUGAACGACAAACGCAAACCUAAUGUCCACCAACUGUUGCUCCAACACAUCCUGUCGUGUGAGUCCGGUCUCGUCGGUGGCCACCAGCACGAAACUAUUCCUGACAACGAGUUAAGCAAAAGCUUUUUUGCUGCUAAUUUUGAACAGUUGUUACACAUUGGGAGCGGAGGUUUCGGUGAUGUAUAUAAAGUUAAGCAUAACAUUGAACAAGAGAUUUAUGCGGUUAAAGUUAUUAAGUUGCUUGAGCUCUUAGAAAGCGUUCAAUAUCUACACAACUCGUGUCCACCGGUUAUCCAUCGGGACCUCAAACCGGCAAAUGUGUUGAUUUCACAAAAUAAUAAUAAUAAUCGAUUCAUAAAACUGUGUGAUUUUGGUUUGGCUACCGAUCACAAGAAGACAUCCAUUGGCCACACCUCUAAUGUCGGAACGCAUGCAUAUAUGGCACCCGAAUUACAUCAGCGCCGGUAUAACAAUAAGGUAGACAUCUAUAGCCUGGGAGUGAUUGCAAUGAAUUUGUUUGAGUUAUUCGAUAGUGAGAAUCCAAUGGAAAUGUAUAAUUCAACCAUAUUCUUAACCAAUUUCAGCAAAUUGUUUGAAAUAAUUGGCCAAAUGUUUCAGUCAAUGCCAUUCAAUCGGCCGACUAGUGGUCGAGUACUCGACGAUUACAACUACUGGUCAGUCGAUAGACAAAUGAUUACUGAAAACAAUAAGCAAUUCAAUGAAACUCUUAUUAGACUUAAAACUAAUGGAAACAAAUUCUUCCAUAUUUGUGGUUUUCAUCACUCACUUGUGGUCACCGGUGAUGACUGUGUCUACGGAUGGGGUUUGAAUAGUGACGGACAGACGGGUUGUGGGGAACAGAAAUCAGGUGUAAUAAUAACUCCAAUAAAAAUACAAUUCAUAAACAAUGGGAUUGAAUAUAAAAUACGUGGCGUUUAUUGUUCUCGGCAUUCAUCGUUUGCCGUCACAACUGAUGGCCGUGUCUUCAGUUGGGGUUUAAAUGAGUGCCAUUUGGGACACAAUAUAUCGGAUUAUAUCAAAAUAACGUUGAAUUAACUCAUUAUAAACGUAUUUACGAUGAGUUGUGUGCAUUGGGUUUGGGAUGUUUUGGCACUGUUUUCAAAGUUAAACACAAAUACGAUAAAAAUGAAUACGCGAUUAAAAUCAUUGAUAACAUUAAUUGUAAGUAACUUUGUUAAAAACAAUUAUCUUAUUAAAAUUAUUUGUAA